AUGAAGUUGGUAAGGCAAGGGCGAUCCGGGGAAGUUGCCAUUGUAAAGAAUCAACUCUGUGCAGCCAUUGGAGUUGUGAAAAUGAAGUCGGCCGCAAUCCAGUACAAGGUACGAAUUGCGGAGCUUCAAGCUGCAGGUGCAGACGUUGGUGAUUUCGGUCAUUCCCGAAAGAUGUUCCCUGCCAUGAUUGAAGCAGCAUGUGCAUACAUCGACCUUAGAACCACCAAUUUUCUUUCUACCCCUCUUCCAAACAUGGGAAUGCCUCCACACUUUUUGUGUUACUGCAGAUAAGUCCACCAACCAUCGGAUCACCAACCAUCGGAUCACCAACCAGGUCACCUUCAUUUGUCCAGUGGUGAAUGGUAGUCGUGAGGGCAUUGUCCUGGACGCUAGGGAGGUUUAUGCAAGUUCCGAUGCAACUGGUGGUACAGCUUGCGCUUUAGCAGCUGCUAUAUUUAAAGAUCUGGAUGAGCAUGUCGGCAUUAAAGGAAAUCGCUUUCUGCAAGCCCAAGGAAGAGUAAUGGAUGGCCAGUAUCACCAUUUAUUGCUGCUAUGA